AUGCUCAACGGUAAAGACUAUCAGCCAGAAAACGACAGGGAAGACCAGCAGGAGGACAACAUCGGAGACCAACAGAAGCAGACACAAAGACCAAGUACAGAUGACGAAGACCAAGUGACGGCGAUACCCGUGGUUUGGAGGUGGGCCGGGGUAUCCGACCCAUAUCCAGACCUGUGA